AUGGUUACGAACUGUGAAGUUCUCAACAAUAAACUAGUUAAUCUAUUGAGAAGUCAAGUGAGAAGUGAAUGUCGAAUUCGAAAUCAUUAUGGUCCAGCUGAACUUACUAUUAAUUGUACCAAUCAUCUAAUUGAUCUAAAUAAAGAUCAAACAGAUAUUCCAAUAGGUCAAUCUCUUCCCAAUUAUCAGCUUUUAAUAUUAGAUAUGUUCUUACAAACUGUUGGUAUUGGACAAGAAGGAGAAUUAGUUGUUGGAGGUGUUGGUGUUUUUGCUGGAUAUCGCGGUCGUGAUGAUUUAACAGCUCAAGUAAUGAUUAAUAUUAAUGAGCAAAUAUUUUAUAAAACAGGUGAUCUUGUUCAAAUGGAUAGCAAUGGAUUGAUUCAUUAUGUUGGUCGGAGAGAUUUUCAAGUGAAAUUACGUGGACAACGUAUUGAAUUACAAGAAAUUGUACAGUGUUUACUUAUUUUAACAUCAAUUACUACAUGUGUUGUUAUCAAAUGGGAUGAAAAUCAUCUUGUUGCUUAUGUUCAAAGUGAUAACAUUAAUGUUGAACAAUUACGUCAUCAUUGUCAAUCUAAUCUACCAUCACAUAUAAUUCCAUCAAUGUUUGUUAUACUUGAAAAACUACCUUUGAGUCCAAAUGCAAAAGUAGAUCGAAAACGUCUUCCUCCACUAGAUUUAUCAUUAUUGACUCUCUCAUCAACAUCAUCAUCAUUAACAACAGCAUUAGACAACAGAUUUAAUCUUCCACAAAAUCAAUUAGAAAAACAGAUACAUGAUAUUUGA